CUGCUAAAAUCCAGUGACGACUCGCCGCCAUCAAUUCAGUCUUUGCCGAGAUUUUAUCGUGUGCGAGUGGUUUUUUGUGGCGUUUGCGCAGUCAGCACACUUCUAGCCGGUCCACAGUGUAUUUUUUGGCAGCGGCACUAGUGCUUCACAUAGUGUCUGAUAUAGCAGAACAAUACUUACACACACACACGCACAGCCAUAUUUGCCGAGUAGUUGCAUUUAAAUAAAUUCAUUGGCGUUCUUUUAUUACAAGAAGCUUCAAGCUGCUGCCGCUGUAGUCGAUCACGUUCAUUCCGUUGCCAUUUGACCGCUCCGAGGCGACUCUUCGCGUGCGUUUUGUGCGGUACUUUGGAAAACAAUUGACUGCCCUGCCAUUCAAAUAUGAACUCGGUACUGUUGACUUAAGAACAUGCUAAAGCUGUCUGCAGGCAGAAAAACAAUUAAAUAACGAAAAUAUAAAUUAUAACAAUUAGUGCGACGGGUUGUGACUGUUAAUUAUUAUAAUUAAUAUACAAUAUAAUUAAUAAAUGUUAAUCAAAAAUUUUGAAUAAUCUAAUGUGUUCGAAAAAAAUAAUUUUUUGAAAUUUAUUUUUUUAUAAAAAUUAAUUGUAAAACAUUUUUAUUGGAAAAAUUGCUUAGCGCCAAAUAUAUUAUUCCACAUUUAUUUUUAUCGGUGUGCAUGUGUGCGUUGCGCUUGUGCGGCAGCAAUAACAAAUAAAUUCAUUUGACCACAAUAGACAAAUUUGCUGUCUGAUAACUUCAUCGCGUGUGCCAAGACUUGUGCGGUGCAGAAUAAAGACUGUAAUACACACAUACAUAUGCACUUAUGUUAUUUGUAAAAGAGUUCGUUCAACUUAGAUGAUGAAAAUGUUGCAAGUUAACAUAUUUGUUGCAAGCUUAUGCUGUCUAGCAUUUUUCAACAAUUUCGCACAAUGUGAAACUGAUGUGAACAGCAGUAAGAGAGAUGAAAUCACAAAACCGACUCAACCAUCGGCAUAUGUACUGCAAAAUUGGUUUACUAAAGACAAAAGUAAAUUGCGAUUAAGAAGCAAUUCUAAGGAGACGAAAAAUAAUGGAUUAGCUCGUCUUUAUGGACAUCAAUCGAUGGAGCGACGUUUUAACGCCGAUACUGUUAUAUCACAUGACUCGGAUACUUCCAAAACGUUGCCCAAAAACUCGCAUACAUUAAACAAGAAGAUGCUGAAGAAACUUGGUUUUACCAAAGUGAAAGCCCCCAACAGCCACCAUAGAAAGCGUCUAGCUGUGGAAUCAAGACGACACUCGUCUCCAGAUGAUUCGCAUAUGUUCAUUAUAAAACUGCCACCGAAUUUUGUUUAUUACACAAAUCCAAAAGGCGAAGCCAAUAGCAUAACUGACAACUCACAAAAAACGAAUGUGUCGACCUUUCCGUUUAACUCUAAUGGCAAACCGGGACGUAUCUACCACUGGAACCUACCAGUAUUACAGAAGAUUAUCGGAAACAAACAACCACUACCACUCACUGAUGUCAACGGCAAAAAAUAUGUUAUCAACUUCAAGAGAUUUUCACAUUUUCAAAAGCCCUGGGAAAAUGAGAGCAUUGAAAAAUCGUAUAAAUCGAAUUAUAAAAAGUCUCUGAAGCAUAAAUCACCCUCAUAUUAUGCGCCCACUGCAGCAGUUAAGAAAAAUAGUUUUAAUCGGUAUUUUUCGGGCAACGGAAAGCCGAAGGGUUUCUAUGUUAUAAAGGAAAACCAACAUAGAGCUAUAAAUUAUAAGAAUAUAGUGUUAUAAAGACAACAAUAUUUUUGUUAUUUUAAUUUUGUAUUUGAACCAAACUGCAAUAUUUGAGGAAUAAUGGUUCAACUAUAUAUAACACCCUGGUCCCAAAGGCAUAUGUACACAUUCAUAUGCAUAUUUGAAGCGUUAUACGGAUAAACUACGAAUAAGAUAGCAACAACAAUAAGUUAAAAAUUAAGUAAUGCACAAAAAGUUCCAUAUCGAAUUUAUUGAACUGUAUUAGAUAAGGAAUUCGGUGGCGGUAUUUCUUUCCCAAACAUAAUGGAAAAUCUCUUUGCUCCUUAAAAAGUUUUAGAAGCCUCUACCUUAGAUUUAUUUUUCUAAAUAUCAAAAGAGACUGACUAAUUAACUACACUGAAGAACUUCUUAAAGAACUGGUAAUUACUAUUUUAUUCUUACUUGGUAAAUGGUAUAUUAAACUUCUAGUUAAAAAUAAAAUUUUAAAAUUCGUUAUUUUAUUAAGCAGACGCUGUAUGCAACUUAAUACAAAUAAAUGUACACAGUUCCAAAAAACAACUAAACUAUGGUAAGUUUUUUGCUUUCGAAAUUUGUUUCUGUUUUUAAAACACAUAUACUUUCUACAAGUAUUGAAACUAUUAGGCAUACUAUUUAGAAAUUUAUAUUACAUAAAUAAAUAUGCAAGUUGCUUAUUGCACAUAUGCUUGAAAGCAAAAUGUUAAACAAGUAAUAGGAGCUUAAAUAAUAAAAUUUUACUCACAACAAAUUUAAUAAGAAUAUAUAAAACAUUACACCUUACACAGGCAAGGUCAUUUUUGGCAUACAAUCUACAUAAUUUCAUAAAACGGUAACCAGUCCUACGAAGUAAACAGGUUACUUAUCAUACAUACCAUAUGACAUAAUAACUGUAAUUUUCACAAUGUCUGACUAAUAUAUUGCACUUAAUGCUUGACCAGGUAUUGUCUUAAUGAACCAACAUUAGACUAUUUAGACAACUAAAGUACAUCUGAAUAUUUAACUCAUAAGCUCAAGAAAAUAUUUUUGUACUUUUAAUUAUAAAACAUAUGGUUAAAGCAGGUAUUACACAACUAGAUAAGUCUAUACGAUGUCAAUUCUACGCACUGAUAUUUUUAAGUAUAUCAUUUUAAUGUACAUUGCAUCUAUACAUAAAUAUAACCAAUAAACAUCAAUCAAAUACA